AUGCAAGGUCAUUUUGAAAGUGAUAUUGAAUUAUUUGAUAUUACAACUUGGCGAUGGGACCUGAUCGGAAAUGACUUCUUAGAAGAUGCCAUGUGUCCAAGGACAUGUGUGGACGGUAGCGAUUCUGGAUUGUACAUGAUUCAUGAAGGUAAUGUGAUGACUCGUAUAGACACUACUUGGCGAGUCAUAGCUAGAGUACCAGCUGAGGUGUGCAAUAUGGCUUACAUGACAGUAUGGCAAACCAAGUUGUUAGUGAUUGGUUCUUCCAAAUUAGGUGAACCCCACAAAGUUUACGCCAUGGAUUUGAAGAAUUACACGCGGACAAAAAUUGAUGCACCACAUGAAUACUCAACCCAUGUCUAG